AUGAGGACAAUGUGCCCCUGUCCCCAUGGACUGGCCUGCACAGCAGGGGGUGAGUGCUGCCACAUCGAAUGCUUGGGGGGCUGCAGCCAGCCGGACGACCCCAGUGCCUGCGUUGCCUGCCGCCACUUCUACUUCCAGGGCGCCUGCCACCAGGCCUGCCCUCCAGGCACCUACCAGCACGAGUCGUGGCGCUGUGUCACAGCCGAGCUCUGUGCCAGCCUGCGCUCUGUGCCCAGCCUCCCCUCCACCUUUGGCAUCCACCAGGGCAGCUGCCUGGCCCAGUGCCCUCCGGGCUUCACCCGUAAUGGCAGCAGCAUCUUCUGCCACAAGUGUGAGGGGCUGUGCCCCAAAGAGUGCAAGGUGGGCACCAAGACUAUCGACUCCGUCCAGGUGGCACAAGACCUGGUGGGCUGCACCCACGUGGAGGGGAGUCUCAUCCUCAAUCUUCGCCAGGGCUACAACCUGGAGCAGGAGCUGCAGCACAGCCUGGGGCUGGUGGAGACCAUCACUGGCUUCCUCAAAAUCAAGCACUCCUUCGCCCUCGUGUCCCUGGGCUUUUUCAAGAACCUCAAACUAAUCCGGGGAGAUGCCAUGGUGGAUGGGAACUACACUCUGUACGUGCUGGACAACCAGAACCUGCAGCAACUGGGGUCCUGGGUGGCGGCGGGGCUCACCAUUCCCGUGGGCAAGAUCUACUUCGCUUUCAACCCACGCCUCUGCUUGGAGCACAUUUACCACUUGGAGCAGGUGACCGGCACGCGGGGGCGGCAAAACAAGGCGGAGAUCAACCCCCGGACCAACGGAGACCGCGCCGCCUGCCAGACUCGCACCCUGCGCUUCGUGUCCAACGUGACCGAGACCGACCGCAUCUUACUGCGCUGGGAGCGCUACGAGCCGCUGGAGGCCCGAGACCUACUCAGUUUCAUCGUGUACUACAAGGAGUCAUACACCUACGCAGUGUUUGUGCCGGCCAUCACGCUGACCACUGCUGAGGACAGCCCCCACCAAGGCCAGAGCCCCAUCAUCUACCUCCGAACCCUGCCUGCAGCGCCCACCGUCCCCCAAGACGUCAUCUCCACGUCCAACUCCUCCUCCCACCUGCUGGUGCGCUGGAAGCCACCGACCCAACGGAAUGGCAACAUCACCUACUACCUGGUGUUGUGGCAGCGCCUGGCAGAAGACAGCGACCUGUACCUCAAUGACUACUGCCACCGCGGCCUGCGGCUGCCCACCAGCAACAACGACCCCCGCUUCGACCAGGAAGACGGGGAACUCGAGGCGGAGAUGGAGCCCGGCUGUUGCCCGUGCCAACACCCACCUCCGGGGCAGGUCUUGCCGCCACUGGAGGCGCAAGAGGCCUCGUUCCAAAAGAAGUUUGAAAACUUUCUGCACAACGCCAUCACCAUCCCCAAAUCCCCCUGGAAAGUGACGUCCAUCAAUAAGAGCCCUCAAAGGGACUCCUCCGGGAGGCACCGCCGCGCCUCCGGGGCCCUCCGACUCGGGGGAAACAGCUCAGAUUUCGAGAUCCGGGAGGACAAAGUUAGCCCCCUAGAGUUUGUAUUUGAAGGAGAGGCUGAUGGUAUCCCAGGGAAGGUGGCCUGGGAGGCGGCCAGCAAGAGCAGUGUCCUCCUGCACUGGCUGGAGCCAUCGGACCCCAAUGGACUUAUCCUCAAGUACGAGAUCAAGUACCGCCGCUUGGGAGAGGAGGCCACAGUGCUGUGUGUGUCCCGCCUGCGAUAUGCCAAGUUUGGGGGCGUCCACCUGGCCCUGCUGCCCCCGGGAAACUACUCCGCCAGAGUGCGGGCAACCUCACUGGCUGGCAACGGCUCCUGGACCGAAAGUGUCGCUUUCUACAUCCCUGGCUCAGAGGAGGAGGACUCCGGGGGGCUGCACCUUCUCACUGUCACCCCCGUGGGACUCAUGCUGCUCAUCAUUCUUGCUGCCCUUGGUUUCUUCUACAGCAAGAAGAGAAACAGCACCCUCUAUGCCUCUGUGAAUCCAGAGUACUUCAGUGCUUCUGAUGUGUACAUCCCUGACGAGUGGGAGGUGCCUCGGGAGCAGAUCUCCAUAAUUCGGGAACUGGGCCAGGGCUUCUUCGGGAUGGUAUAUGAGGGGCUGGCACAAGGACUUGAGGCUGGAGAGGAGACCACACCUGUGGCCCUGAAGACGGUGAAUGAGCUGGCCAGCCCACGAGAACGCAUUGAGUUCCUCAAGGAAGCCUCUGUCAUGAAGGCAUUCAAGUGUCACCAUGUGGUACGUCUCCUGGGCGUGGUGUCCCAGGGCCAGCCAACUCUGGUCAUCAUGGAGUUAAUGACUCGUGGGGACCUCAAGAGCCAUCUUCGAUCUUUGCGGCCCGAGGCAGAGAAUAACCCUGGGCUCCCACGGCCAGCACUGGGAGAUAUGAUUCAGAUGGCUGGUGAGAUUGCAGAUGGCAUGGCCUACCUUGCUGCCAAAAAGUUUGUGCACCGAGACCUGGCAGCCCGAAACUGCAUGGUGUCCCAGGACUUCACCGUCAAGAUUGGGGAUUUCGGGAUGACUCGAGAUGUGUAUGAGACAGACUACUACCGCAAGGGCGGGAAGGGGCUGCUGCCCGUGCGCUGGAUGGCGCCCGAGUCCCUCAAAGAUGGGAUCUUUACCACCCACUCGGAUGUCUGGUCCUUCGGCGUGGUGCUCUGGGAGAUCGUGACCCUGGCUGAACAACCCUACCAGGGUCUGUCCAAUGAGCAGGUGCUCAAGUUUGUCAUGGAUGGUGGGGUCCUGGAGGAGCUAGAGAGCUGUCCCCUCCAGCUGCAGGAGCUGAUGAGCCGCUGUUGGCAACAGAACCCACGCCUGCGACCAACCUUCACCCACAUCCUGGACAGCAUUCAGGAGGAGCUGCGGCCUUCCUUCCGCCUCCUUUCCUUCUACUACAGCCCAGAGUGCCGGGGGCCCCGGGCUUCCCUCCUGCCCACUGAUGCGGAGCCCGACUCCCCACCGUCCCCAAAAGGGGCUUCCUCAGACUGCAGCCCUCAAAACGGGGGUCCAGGGCACCGAGGGGCACUCCCUUCCCUGUCUGAUUGGCCUCCCACGGGCAGAGAGGAAGGGCUCUGA